AAAAUCCCAAUACGUGUAAAUCAAUUGGUUUAUGUGAAAAUUAUAGCAUCUAGAAAUGGAGGUAUAUAUACUGGAAUUUUUCUUUUUAUUAUACUAGUAAUGGUGCGAUCAACGACUUAUAAGGGGACUGCGGUGGGCAUUCUGACACUGGUGGGGGGAACUGACUUGGUGUCACUGACAUCCCCAGUGACACCAAUACAGUUAUCAGUGCUAAUAAAAAGCACUGACACUGUACUAAUGGCACUGGGCAGGAAGGGUUUAACAUGUGGG